AUGAAACUCAGCAAGAUCUUCGGGAUUGACUAUUUUCGGUACCAGUUGCUGGCCUGGCGAGUUUGCGGAGCCUUGCAUUUCAGCGAGGGUAACUAUUGCAGUUGGGCGACGGUUGCUUGCAUCGUUAUGUUCCUGCCAGGGCCCAUGUUAUUGGGGGAACUGUUUAGCCACGAUGACCCCUUGGAAACUAACUACAAAUUCUGCACGACCAUCACAACAAUGUCAAAUUUCGUAAAGUUUUCUUUGUACGUGACACAACUAACCAAGCUGCUCAAUGUUCAGAAACUCAUUGUCCAGCUGGACGCCCGGGUUUCUGGAAAGGAUCAGGUACUCCGGCGUGAAAACAUGUUCAAGCACACACAGAGGAUUUCUAAGCUGUUUCUGAUCACAUAUGUCGUUCUGUCUAUUUUCGCUGGGGUUCCUUUUAUCCUUGAAAGAGAGCGGAGCUUGCCUUUUCGCAUGUGGUUUCCCUUUGACUGGAAAAAAUCAAACAUUGCCUUUAUUGGAGCUUUGACUUUCCAAGAGAUCGCUAUUUUCUUUCAACUUCUGCAGAAUUACCCAGGUGACUCCUUUCCGCCCCUAGCAUUGUUUGUGGUUUCCGAGCAAUGUCAGUUGCUAAUCCUAAGGAUCUCCAAAAUUGGAUAUGGGUCAAGGAAUCUAAAGAAGAAUGAACAGGAUCUUGUCGACUGCAUCAAGGACCAAAACACACUCUACAGCUUACUGGAAUUGAUCCACACCAUGAUAUCCUUACCCAUGAUGAUACAGUUCUUAGUUAUUGGCAUUAAUUCCGCAGUGACCUUGUUUGGCUUGGUAUUCUAUGUGGAGUCCUUAUCAGAUCGUAUCUUCUAUGUGUUCUUUCUGUUGGGCCUCACAUUGCAGACUUUUCCCCUUUGUUAUUAUGGAACCAAAGUGCAGGAGAGCUUUGAGGAUCUCCACUAUGCAGUAUUCUGCAGCAACUGGGUGGACCAGAGCGCCACCUAUCGGGGAUAUAUGCUGAUCAUCUCGGAGCGCACCAAGCGACAGCAGAUCCUCCUCGCCGGCAACCUGGUGCCCAUCCACUUGAGCACCUUUGUGGCCUGUUGCAAGGGAGCCUACUCCUAUUUCACCCUGAUGGCCGACCGAGAUGGCCAGGGUUCUUUUUUAUAA